UAGCUCAUUACUUUUUUUUUUAAUCGCGCGAUAUGAUAUUUUGAACUGUAAGGUACAGUUUACAUUUGUACAAGUAAGACAGUACAGUGUCUUAUAAAAUGAAUUACGGUUACAUUUAUUUAUUAACGCUAGGAAUUCUUUUCUCAGUUUCAGGAUAUGGGCAUGCUGAAGAAGACUGUGUAAACUAUUCCUCCGGCAAUAAACUGUGUGAAUAUGGGUGCUGUGGUGACUACGGAAUGCAGUACUGUUGUAUCUACUGGGAAAGAUAUGUAAUUAUAGGAGCCGUCGUCGCCGGUAUUAUCCUGAUGACUUGUAUAGUCGGCAUCAUCAUUAUUCUAAAGUGUGAAGCACCGACGGUUCAGUCAAAACAUUCUGAAGCCUCUUGUAAAGGAGAGGAACAGAGUGAAAAAAUAACAAUUGCAGUCGUUAAUGCCAACCAAAGAUGUACGAAUAAUAUAGCACCACCAAUGGCUUGUUCGCUAUCUGACACCAGUGUCUAAUCUCAAGAAAAUGCACAUUUGUAGGAUGGUAUUUGACACCCAUUUCUACGUGUCAUAUCAUAUCUCGGGGAAUAUGCAAUGAUAUUAUACAAAUUGUAUUGCACAUUAAUAUUUGCUGGUCAAAUGUUUUACUAUUCGAUGUGUUUUACUAGAUGUAUUUGCAUGAAUUAAAAUA